AUGAGACUCACCAACAGCAGUGUACCCGUGUACACUGUUUCCGGGUCGUCUACCUCUCGCAAUCUCCCGGACUGGUUGUCACCAAAACAAAAGCGGAAGAAAGACCCCGAAUAUGCCAACCGGGUCGAGCUGUUACAAGAUUUCGAGUUCGAAGAAGCCAGUCAAUGCAUCCGCAUCACCGAGGAUGGGGAAUGGGUGAUGAGCACAGGCACUUACAAGCCUCAAAUUCACACACACUACCUGCCGAAUUUAGCACUGUCUUGGGCGAGGCAUACAGACACCUUGAAUAAGACAUUUCUAUUCCUCUCAUCUGACUAUUCCAAAACUGUCCACCUGCAAGAAGAUCGUUCUUUAGAAUUCCACACUCCUGGGGGCUGCCAUGACUCUCUGCGAAUACCCAGAUAUGGCCGCGACCUUGCAUAUGACAGGAGUAACACGGAAUUGCUGGUACCGACCGUCGGAGUGAAUUCCCGUGGAAUGGGAGAGGUCUUCAGAAUCAACUUGGAGCUGGGGAGGUUCAUGACCGAAUUGGAGGUCGACGUAGGUGGUGAUGAUAUGACCUCCAUGGGAGGCGGAGCAUUGCAAGGAGGUAUCCGAGCUGGGAGUGUAAAUGUGGCUGCCGUGGCAGAAGGUAGCCAUAACCUCCUCGCCUUUGGAACCUCAAUAGGCACGGUCGAAUACUGGGACUCCAGAUCGCGGACUCGAGUCGCUACUCUUGCCGUCCCUACAGACUACGAGGGGCGUCCUGAAGUGACGGCGCUUGACUUCCAUCGAUCAGGCAUCAGCGCUGCUGUGGGUACUUCUUCCGGACUGAUAUAUCUGUAUGAUCUCCGGUCCCCCAUCCCUCGUCUCAAGAAGGACCAAGGUUAUGGCUAUCCCAUUCAGUACGUCCAAUUCUUGACUCCGUCAAGUACCACAAGGGCUUCUAUCUCCGAGCCAAAACUAGCCUCCGCCGAUCGCCGCAUAUUGAAGCUGUGGGAUGAACGAGAUGGAACACCAUGGACCUCAGUGGAACCGGCCGUCGACAUUAACUGCGUUGCUUGGUGCCAAGAUAGCGGAAUGUUCUUGACGGCCAACGAAGGCCGUCAGCAACAUGCCUUUUUCAUCCCUCAACUUGGCCCCGCUCCGAAGUGGUGUUCAUUUUUGGACAAUGUUGUUGAAGAAAUGGCGGACGAUCCUCAUGACCCACAGGCUUUCUCACGAUCCAAGGUGGGUGAAGUGUACGAUAACUACAAAUUCCUGACUUCGUCCCAACUUCGCAUGCUCAACUUGGACCAUCUCGUCGGGAAGACAAAUCUCCUGAGGCCUUACAUGCAUGGGUUUUUCGUUGCUCAAGGCCUGUAUGAAGAAGCCCGCCUUAUUGCCAAUCCGUCUACCUGGGAAGAAGAGCGGGCAAAACGAGUUCAACACAAGAUCGAUAAAGAACGCGAAAGUAGAAUUCGAGGCAAGAAGAAGAUCACGGCCAAGGUCAACCGCAAAAUGGUGGAGAGAAUACUUGAACGUGAGGAGAAGAACGAGAGGCGGCGUGCCCAGAGGGUGUUGGCACAGGGCGGUGACGAGAGCACCACGAUGGCAGCCACCCGGCCCGACUCGGAAUCGACUGAGGAGAAAGGUCUUCUUGCAGAUUCUCGUUUUGCCAAAUUGUUUCAAGAUGAGGAUUUUGCUGUCGAUGAGACCUCGAGAGAAUUCCGGGAACUUAACCCUAGUACCUUGGCUGCUCCUCUAUCCAACUUGGAUCGGGAAAAGGGCCUUACUGCGGUAGAAGAAGAAGCCAUUGAUGAAGCCCCCGGGUCAAGUGAUGAAGAUGCCACGGAUGAGAAUGAAUUGGGUCAAAACAGACACAAGACUACAAACCGGAUAUCGACAGCCGACUACAAGCGUCGUCCCAAAAAGAAACAGAAAGGACAGGAUCCCACGCGAAUGCGAGUGACCAACUCGGGCUUGAAGACAGCGGUCAAAACAAUGCACGACCGUUCCUUUGGAUCUCGAGCCGAAAACUUGCAGCCAAUUCAGCGGACGAAGCGCAGUGCCAGGUUCGGCAGUGCAGCGGGCGACAAAGUCAUCACCUUUGAACCAACCGACAAGACAUCAAAGCAGCUGGGGAAAAAUACCAACCGCUCGGAUGGUACCACGAGAUAUCAGGACCGGAGAAGUGCUUCGGGGAACACGUUCAGACGGAUGUAA